GAGUCUCAUUCACUGUGUUACUAAGUGGAAGUGUCCUGCUUGUACCUCUGCACUGGCGAUCAUGACUCCCCACCUCGCUCUCUGCUUCAUCCUCCUCAUACAGCAAGUGGCGUCACAGAAAUGCCCGUCCCAGUGUGACCAGUGUCCCGAGGAACCGCCCAGCUGUGCACCCUCUGUGCUACUUAUACUAGAUGGUUGUGCCUGCUGCCCAGUGUGUGCCAGACAGGAGGGAGAGAGCUGCUCUCAUCUGAACCCCUGCCAAGAGGACAAAGGACUUUACUGUGAAUUUAACGCAGAUCCCAGGAUGGAAACUGGCACUUGCAUGGCUCUGGAAGGCAACAGCUGUGUCUUUGAUGGGGUGGUGUAUCGGAAUAGAGAGAGCUUCCAGCCCAGCUGUAAAUACCAUUGCACUUGCCUGAAUGGCCAUAUUGGCUGCGUGCCCCGCUGUAACCUGGACUUGCUGCUUCCCAGCCCAGACUGCCCUUUUCCAAGGAGAGUAAAGGUGCCCGGAGAAUGCUGUGAGAAGUGGGUUUGUGAUUCCAAAGAGGAGAUGGCGAUCGGCGGCUUUGCCAUGGCCGCUUACAGACCAGAAGCCACUCUUGGGAUGGAGUCCUCAGACCCGAGCUUUGCGUGUAUUGCACAGACCACAGAAUGGAGUGCUUGCUCCAAGACGUGCGGAAUGGGUGUUUCCUCUAGGGUGACCAACCGCAACGCUCGCUGUGAGAUGCAGAAACAGAUCCGCUUGUGCAUGGUGAGGCCUUGUGAAGAGGAGCCUGGCUGGCACAUUGAGAAGAAAGGGAAGAAGUGCGUGAGAGUAAGAAAGACAAGCAAACCCAUCCACUUCCAUUACAAGAACUGCACCAGCGUCCAGCAGUACAAGCCCAAGUUCUGCGGCCAGUGUAGUGACGGGCGGUGCUGCACUCCUCACACCACCAAGACCAUGAACGUAGAGUUUGUGUGUCCUCAGAAACGGAUCAUCAAGAAACCAGUCAUGGUGAUCAGUACAUGCGUGUGCCAUUACAACUGCCCGCAGGACAGCAGUCUGCUUCAGGUGGAUAACGCAAGGUUUCCUGGGCUGAUAUCCAACUUACAUGUAUAGGUUCUGAAAGACUAUGGGUUGGGCUUUGAUAUUAAAAAUUCAUCUCAGAAUGGUAAGGACCUUAAAUGACCUUGACUGAUUGUUAACCCAACAGAGAAACAGAACUAUCCUCCCAAUGAGAUAUUUCACAGCCAGAACACUGAGAGGCAUUGUAUAUGUAUAUCACCAAAUCAAUACUCCCUUUGCUGAUAUACUUCACUGUGGCUCAGACACUGCAUUGUAGUGAUGUUCAGGUUGACCAGAAACCCACAGUGACCCACAGGUUGACCACCGGUUGGCCGGGUUCAUGUUGAAAUUUGGCCAACCAUUUUGCAUUAUGGUUGGCCCACAGGUCAGACUGGGGAAGUACAAUGCUCUGCUGCUCCCAAAGAUUCCCUGUCUUGAAAACAGAGGAGCACAUAGAACUAGUGUACAGAGUAAGAUGAUUUGGGUAUGUAGUUGGGUGUGGGUCCUACAAUGGCAACAUUAUGCAGGUUAGGGUUGGGUGUGGGUUAUUGUUGGGUGCGGGUUAGGCUUGGGUUCGGGUUAGGCUUGGGUUCGGGUUAGGCUUGGGUGUGGGUAAGGUUUGGGUGCGGGUUAGGUUUGGGUGCGGGUUAGGUUUGGGUGCGGGUUAGGUUUGGGUGCGGGUUAGGUUUGGGUGCGGGUUAGGCUUGGGUGCGGGUUAGGCUUGGGUGCGGGUUAGGCUUGGGUGCGGGUUGAGUUUUUGGGUCUGAGCCAUCAAUCCCAAGAGUGGCCUCUGGUCUGUAUUGCGGGUUAGGGUCGGGUGCAUUUUGAGUUUUUCCUGACCCGCACGACCCUGAUAAAACUGAACUUAGAACUUUGAAGUUGUGAAAUUGUAGACUGUAAUCUCUACUGGAGAGUGGCUAAACUAGAAAUUAUUGGGCCGCACAGCAAAUCAUUUUUCAGGCCCUCAAAAUAUCUAGAGAUUGAACUGUUUUACCAAUAUUUAUUGAAAUUGUAUAUAAAUUAGGGUCCCAUGGGGCCCCUAUACUUCCUUGGCCCCCCUGCAUCUGUAUAUAUAGUAUAUAUAGCUCAGCCCUGUUGUAUAUGGCUUUGUCGGCAGUCCAGCCCCGAAGUAUAUAUCUGUCUUGGUGGCCCUGUGGCAAAUAAAUGUGCCCUUGCUGAAUAUAAUUACAUAACUUUGCAUAUAAGAUAGAGCACUGCUGAUCUUCUUGUCAGAUAAUUCCAUUUAAUGGCUGGCUUUGGUUCUGCAAUGACAAUUGUAAAUACUCUCAUUUAUAAUCAAUGACUAUUCCAUGUUGUAUUUUUUGUGCAUUAUGUUUUGCACUUCAUUGAGCAUGAAGGAAGAAACAUUCCUACCCUGUUCCUAAUGUGUGCAAACCUGUUCAGCUGUAAAGGGGAACUUCUCUUUUGUGUUUUGAUUUCCCAACUUUUUCUAAAUGUUUUAUUCAUGUUUAUGAUAUUACCCCCAUAGCACUUUGUAAACUAAAAUACUGUUGGCCAGAAUAACUAAUUGCUACUGCAAAGUGAUGUGUACAUCAUGCCAGCUUUACUUUACAACAACUUUACGUUCCUGCUUGAAUCAUAUUUAUGUUUGAUUAAUGUGAUCUUGCCUUGCCAUAGCUGGUUGGAAAUGCAUUCUCAAGGUUUUAGCAGCUGAAUUUGAAACAACAGCGCCACCUCCUGUUCAUUAGGCCACCCCUAAAGUUAGGUGAAUAUUAGUUUUGUGAGAAGAGGAAAAUCUUGUGAUGUUGCUCUGCUCAGGAAAUGAAGUUAGUGCCCAUAGAAUAAUCGUGACAUUUCUUUGGUUGGUUCUAAGUCACAAGACUUGUCUUCUCACAAAGUUAGUUUUCAGCUGAGUGCAGCCAGUCAGAGACAUUGUUGAACUGUUUCAAAUUAAUUAUAUUAGCAGUUGAAAAACUUCCAGUAUCCUGAAAACUAGGGGGUGAUCCCCGAGAUAUUAGGGAUCAUUUGCAACAAAGGAGGCAGUGUGCAAAGUGCAAAAAAAGGUGCAAUCAGUAAAUGUUUUGCUCUUUAGACAAUGAUUUUCUCUCUCCUUGAACUGCUGCAGGUCUCUAUGUUCUGCAAACCUUAGAACUCUCAUUACUGCCUGGGGAAAUGUAUUGUAUAUAUGUAUAAUAAGUAGAUUUACAAAUCGUCUGUCUUCUGUGCAUUGGUUUCUCCCUUUAAGGUAUCUGACUUUUUCAUUGUAAUAAUAAUAAUAAUAAUAAUAUAUGCUUUUUCACCAAAUAAAUAUUUGUAUAUUUGUGUAUAAAUGUAAAAUAUGUAUUUUUUGUUAUUGGGACUACCUGUACCUGCAUAAGUAUUUGUAUUUUAUAUUUUCAUAGAAAUAUGUUGUAAUAAAAAGGACUGAAUUAAUGAUUUGG